UAUUAAUAUGUUGACCUGCAUGUGAGGUAGGGAGUGGAAGUACAGAGCUGUGUAAGACUGAGUGCUGCAUAUUUUCACCAGCUGAACAGAAAUAAACGCAUAAUAGUGUGUAGAGCUGAGGAAGAGGCAUGGGAUGUGGCGUGUGUGUGUGUGUGUGUGUGUGUGUGUGUGUGUGUGUGUCCUACUGUGUUGCCAGGUAUUCGCGAAUGACGACAUCGAUUCAUUUGCAUCGUGAUCAUUUGUUUAUCAAAACCUAUUACAGAAAGACCGUUAGACUAUAGUAGACAGGGUUAAGUCUUUUAUCAGAAUAGAUUAUAAUGUUAUUUUAUCUAUUGUUAAUAAAAAAAAAAAACAUCAGUCUUUGUUCCCGGCGCCUCACAGUAUUUAUAAAAUGCUUGAAUUUGAUCAAGAAGACAGAAGUCAUGAGAGGUUAGGAAACAGACACAAAGGGCGUGGUUAUAGAUGCAAUGACUCGGGGAUGUUGUUUGUGUCAUCAAGGAGAGAGUGUGCAGCUAGCAUGGACGUUGGAUCACGGUGUUUCAUGGCCAGCAUCCUGCUCCAAGCUUUCGCAGUUCUCCCGACCUGCCUCUGUGUCUCGGUUCGUUUCCCGAGCCAGCAGACCGUCUACGUGGUGAGCGGCCAGAAUUUGGUCCUGCGGGCUGAGUUCGAGGUGCCCCAAGGAGAUCAGGUCACCAGAGUCACCUGGGAGCAGGAAGUCGAGGGGAAAAGAAAUGCUGGGAAAAUCAUAACUACGGUGGCUGAAUAUCCUGCUUGGAACUCCGGAGGCCGGGUCACUGUAGACAAGGGCGGAUCCGUGAUGACGUUACGGAAUUACCAGAGAACGGACAAUGGCGUGUACACAGUCACGGUCCGGGAUCAGAAAGGAGGUCAAAGUUCAGCACGAUGCACCGUCUACGAAUACGAGGCUGUGCACCAUGUGUCAAUCAUGGUUAAUGUGUCACACUCCAGCCUGCACUGUAUGGAGGCCUGGGGGACGGAGCCAGUCUUCCGUUGGCUUCAUGAGAAAGUGGCAGUAACGGAGGCAGUGGGCCGGGUGUCACCUGAUGGCACCUCACUGUACCUGACCACUGCACUGUGUGGUCACUUCACCUGCAUUGUGAGCAACAAGCUGGGCCACAGCUCAGCCACCUAUACUGCAGUGCCUUGUGAGAGAGAGGGCCGAGGCUCAGCUGUAGCUGUUGUAUGUCUCGUGCUCUUGCUGCUCUUGGCUGGAGGUCUGGCCUUCCUGGUCUGGAGGUACAUGAACAUACAUGGGACAAGUUACAACACUGAACAUACGUAUACCAAUACACAUUCACAUCAGGAACCCACAGCUGGUUGUGCGACAAGAAACGCAGGAGUUACAGCAACAGAGGUGAGAGGCUCCAAGAAUCAGAUGAGGACAUGUAACCUCCAGUCUUCCUGUCAGAACGAACCGAACAAGGUGGAAACAUGGACAUUGUGACUCUGAGGGAUCAGACGUCUCUUUUCCAAGCAUUCGGUCCGUUAAGAGACAUUUCAGGCGUGCGCUACCGUUGACUUCCAUUGACUUUUUAAUCACAGUUGGACGAGUGGAGAGGUUUUUUUUUUAAGGAUGAAGAAAAGAAAGCUGAACAGUUUGAAGCUUCAGAAAAAAAGGAACACGUGCAAUUUCCUGUUUAUUUGCGUGUAUUUUUUUUUUUCUUUUGCUUGUCGCCAGAUCUCUUCACAUUUCAUGUAACGUGUCUAAGAAUGAAGACAGACCGAUAAUGGGGUAGGGCUUUUUAGAUAAACAGGAUGCUGCAGUUUGUGUGUGAAGUCAUGCUUCCUUUUAAACACUGUGUCUCUUAAGACUUUUAAAUGUUUUUACAGCCAGGGAAUCUUUUAAAUCGAAAAUACAUGAUUUUAAAAAUGCGUAUAUGUAUAAAUAUAUAGAACAUAAAAUAAAUAAAAUAAAGGUAUAAAUAAUACUAUUUUACUAUACAUUUUCUACAUUAUAAUACUGAAACUAUUGGGGUUUUUUUAUGUAAAAAAUUUAGAUUAUUGUACUUAUAAAUAUUCUUAUAACGUUAGACAAAAAUAAAAGAUUUACAUUUUA